CAUAAAGUUGUUGGUUUGUAUAAGUUAUUAGAGGCUUGCGAUGUAGUUGAAGGGCACGAAAUGGAAAGGACCUGUGAUAGACCCUUGAGAAUCGAUGGCUUCAAUAGCGUUCCAUGGUGAUCGGCGUUUAUCACGCGUGGCUAUUUACUUUUACUGUGUAUAGGGUUUAAUAGCAAGUAAUUUUCCGAAAUAAAAAUUUGACCAGCGUGAAAUAGUUGUAUAGUAAUGAACCAAUGCAGAAUAAUAAGUGAAAAGCUUAUGUGUUUUGUUUUAUUAUAUGUGUUAUUUUAUCAGAUUUCCGCUGGCAAAAGAAGUAGUAGGAUUCCCAUCGGCAGAAGAGCUGAUGAGGCGUGCACGUAAAAGAAUUGUACCACCCCAACCACAAUCACUACAAGAGUUUGACGAGAUGAUGACGCUUGAUCAGUGGAAAAUUUGGGGGAAGUCUCUAAGUGGUGAACGGUUUUUUCUUAAAACCAUUGUUUCCACCGAUGGUGGGGUGGCCGCUUUAUUUGUCUCACCACAUUUCAAGGAUUUGCUAGGUACAGAAAAUUCUAACGUUCAGGCUGAUGGCACUUUCAAGUCUGUGCCUCUUCAUCCUAGAAGCGAACAACUAUUUACCCUGCACGUGGUAGAUACUGAAAGGCAUGGAGGACUUCAAAAUCAGAUAUACCCUGCAGCUUACGCACUUAUGACGAGAAGGACAACUGAAGCGUACGAAGCCGUUUUACGAGGUUUAAUCGAAGAAGUGCCAACAUUUAAGCCAGCAACUUUAAUGAGCGACUUCGAACCCGCAUUGCGCUCUGCCUUUCGACGUGUUUUUCCAAAUGUAUCAGUGAAAGGAUGUUGGUUUCACUACGCCCAGGCAAUUUUUCGACGCGCGCAACAACUGGGAAUGGCGAGAACCAUCCGCUCUGAAACUGGAGAAACGGCUUUGAAGAUGCUUAUGGCCUUACCGUUACUACCCACAGACAAAAUUAUAUCUGGAGUACAAACAGUGGAAGAAUAUUUGCUGCAGGAAAACAUGAUGGUUACGUUUCAAAGACUCACACAAUACAUAAGAGAUUUUUGGAUUGGUGUGGUGACGCCAAGUGUUUUGUCUGUAAAUGGCCUCGAGUGGAGGACCAACAAUGCCGUUGAGUCUUUUUACAGAAAGUUGCUUAAAGCUGUAGGUGGGCCCAGACCGGAAUUUUGGCAUUUCAUCACCGCUCUUAGAAAACAAGACAGUUCGUUCCAUACUACAAGGCGAAACGUAGAGAGGCAGGUGGCAGCCCAGAGAACGCGGCGUCGAUCGUAUGUGCGGCAGGACGAAAACAUUCAGCAAAUGCAGGGGGAGCUGUCUGAAGAAUCAAUUUCUAUUAAACGAUUCCUCCAACGAGCAUCCUGGACUGUGAGUUCGUUAGCAGAACGACUUCUACGAACAUCUUUGGUGGCAGCUGUAAUGGACGAUGAAGUUACAGCUGAAGACGAAUUCCAAGAUGACACACCACCAGAACAUCUUCCUGACAUACUGUUUGAUGGAGAGGUUACCAUCACAGAUGAGACCACAAGCACAUCCAGCUUGGUGGAAGAGAGGACACCAAAUAUUGGAAGAAGAUAUCGGCAUCGUGAACCUCCAUAUCAGAGACCAAGAAACACGAAUGAAGAAGCUGGAAGUUCGUUUGAAUCAAUUUUAGAGGUGUCUCUUCAAGAAAAUGGAAUGGAUCAAGAAGUUUCAGAACGAGUUGAACAACCUUUAUCUGAAGUAACUACAAGGUUGUGCAUGAUUUGCAACAUCGGCGAGCCAACUAACAUCAUUGUCCCUUGUCACCAUCAAGGCUUGUGUGACGAGUGUGUGGCUGAGCUUAGGAGGAGAAUGACUUUACCACCUGAAGAAGACGAACUGGGGGCAUUGAAUAUAGAAUAUUCACUGUGCCCCUACUGCCGUACUCAAAUACACGACUUUUUACGAAUCCACAUUGUGUGAAACUGUAAAUAACGUAAAUUUUUUUUUUUUUCGUUUAGAUUUAACCACCAUUCUGUACAUCACUUACCCAAACAUAGUAUAUUUCUUGUAAAGUUCUUAACUGCCGUAAGUGUGUCUUAGGCCAGUUUUUUGAUUGAUACAACGGUAAAUAAUUAAUUUCAAUGGUGUUAAAUUAUGAGAUUAUUAAACAUUAUACAACUUACAAGUUUUAGAAUCAUUAGAAACUUAGGUAUUUGUUUAUAUGAGUUUCAGAAAACGGCACCUUAAGAUAAUAUAAGCUUCUUCUUAAAAUUUGAUUUAUUUAUUGACUUCUACAUUUUGCCGAGGAAGAAACCAAACCCAGAAAUUAACAACAAAUAAAAAGCCCAUGGAAAAAUCCCAUCAUUUGACAAGAUUUAUUUCGGAAUUCAAAGGUACGUUACUCCAAAUACGUUCAAAUAUGUUUCAAUUUACCAACGUCACUUGACACGGUACUGUUCUUUUUAUCCCUAGCUGAACGCAGUGAAUGAAUGCAAACCCGAAUUCUGGCAUAACAUAACGAUCUAGACUAAUCGAAAUUAGUCACUGGUGCGCUGAAAAGAAGCCAGUAGUUGAAGUAAGCAUACAUCAAAGAUAUAGUAUGAAUGGAUUAUCAAUAAACAAUUCUGAUAGAAAAAUCUUGGGUUUGUAAUUAUGUUUACUAGCCUUUUAUUUUGUUAGGCGAAUGUUGUUAUAUUGGAAAAUUUUACAUUUAAAAAAACCACUACCCAAAGAUUUAUGACUAAUCGAGGUAACUGUUGCAAAAACAGCGUCUGUGGUAGGAAUGUCACACACACACACAUAUAUAAUAUUAUUUCUCAGGUAAUAAUGUGCGAAGCUUGAUCCAUUAUACCCCUAUAAUCAGCGAGACGCUGAGACACCUUGACCAGCAUCCACAAUAAUAUAUUAUAAGUUUAAAGUGUGAAGAACGACUUCGUUAAAAAACAUCCUUUAGUCUUUUAGGUUAAAAGUGAUACAUGCAGUAUAUUUUUGUAAUAAAAUACUUUUUUAUCAUUUUGCAACAUAAAAAGGUUAAACGAGAAAGGAAUCCAACACAAAAAUUUAUUUUUUUAUUAAAAAAAAAUUUUUUCCGUUUCUUUUCACAUGCAGUUUAUUAACACUUUUUUAGUUAAUUUAAUAUAAAUGGCUGAAUGGGCUGCAAACGAGUCGAAUUUAAAGUUAAAAAAUUUUCAGGGUUGUUCGCGGGCUCGUUACAUUCCCGGGCUUCUGUUAGCACAGUUUUAUGAUUCUAAGUGUCUAUCCCGUCUCGGUCAGGAGAGUUGUCACUCGAUGGGGUGUAUACGCUACUAUUAUUGCAAACUAACAAUUUCCCCCCCCCUUGUUUUUUUUAACCAAAAUACGUGUCAUUCACAUUCAUAGCUGAUUAUUUUACUUGAAGAAAACUGUAAUUUCACUUUCAAUAUCCAGCAAAUUUUAUUCAUGUAACGUUUACUUAAUGAUAAACGUGCAAACCAAAAAUUGUUACAUAAUCGAAAUGGUGACAAUUUAAU